AUGAUCAUUAAACAACCAUCGAGAUUCAUAAAACAAUCUCAAUUGAUACCUCAAUUAUGUAUUCUACGUCCUAGAUUUUAUUCAACAGAUUUAGAAAAUUUAAAAAAAGAAUCAGACUCGACAGAAUUUGAUAGUUCAGCAUCUACAACUGGGAUUAUUGAUAAGAAACAAUCCGAAGUUUUAUUAUAUUUUGAUUCAAUUUAUGCAUUUGCAACUUCAAAGAAUCUAGUAUUAAACUAUAUAUCAAGACUUGAGUUACCAUUUAGAAGAAAAGUUAAUGAAUCUAAAUUAAAGUCAAAAGUUGAAGCAUUAUCGUCACCAACACCUGCUGAUUCUAAAAUUACUGAUUUUAUCCCAUUAAGAAGGGACUGCGGUGCUUUUGUUAAAUUUCAAUAUCCUAAAGAGUAUACUGCUAGAGAAUUUAUUGAGCAGAUAAGAAAGAAUGUUAUCGCAAAUGAAGAACAGAAAAUGGAUAAGAAUCCUUUACUCAAGUUAACCAAUUAUGUAUUUGAUGUUGAUCCGAAGGUGUUUUCAGUCAAGGGUGUACCAUGGAUUGAAGAUUUAAGAAGAUUUCCAAGUCCUAAAAUUUCUGUUAAAUUUGAAGGGUCCGCAUUAACUGAAGAAGAAUUAUAUGUUUUAUUCAGAAGAUAUGGUUUAAUUAAUGAUAUUAAAAUUGAAAGUCCAACUGAAGCGGUAAUUUGGUUUCGUAGUUUAAGAUCAGCAAUUGCUGCAAAACAUUGUAUUACUGGUAUUGAAUUAAAUAAUGGUAAAACAGUUUUGCAUAUUCAAUUUAUACGAAUCAAAAGAACAAACUACCUAACUGAUUUCGUAAUGAAUCAUACAAGAAUUGCCGUACCUAUUAUAUUAGCAUUAUUAGCCACAUUUGCAGUUUUAAUUUUUGAUCCAAUUAGAGAAUGGUUCAUUCAAUUUAAAAUUAAUCAUGGUAAUACUAAAAGAUUUGAACAUUAUAAACAAAAUAGAUGGUUUAAAUUAAUUUAUGUUCCUUAUAGAACAAUAGUGGAUUGGAUAUCAAAUAGUUAUGAUUAUAUUGAUACUCAAUUUCAUGAUAUGACCGGGUUCAAAGAUUCAGAUAGUGAAGAUGGUGGAAGUUCCAUCAUGGAAAUGAAGAAUGAAAAUAAUAUGUUUUGGCAAGAAAGAAAUGAAAAAUCAAAACAAUUGAAAUUAUGGAUUUUAGAAAAUUUAAACAGUUAUAUCAUUAUUAAAGGUCCACAAGGUUCAGGAAAGGAAGAAUUUGUACUUGAUCAUACUUUGAAACUUGAUGAUAAACUAAAUAAAAGAAUUUUGGUUGUUGAAUGUGAUGAAUUAAGUAAAGCAAGAUCAGAAAAUAAUUUAAUUAAUAAUACUGCUUCACAAUUAGGUUAUUUCCCUGUUUUUACGUGGACGAAUACAAUUUCACAAUUUGUUGAUUUAGGAUUACAAGGUUUAACAGGAUCCAAAAAUGCUGCAUUAAGUGAAUCAAAAGAAACUCAAAUUAAAAAUAUGUUUUCAUUAACUACUCAAGCAAUUAGACAUAUUACGGAUUCAGAAUAUGCAAAAUAUGUCAAAAUUAUAGAAAAGAAGAACAAACGUAUCAAGAAUGACGAUGAGAAGAUAGAAAUUUUAAAACAAGAUGAUUUCUUACAACAACAUCCCGAAUCAAAACCAAUUAUAAUCAUUAAUAAAUUUGCAAGAAAAGCAGAUAUACAUUCAAAUGAUUUCAUAUAUCCUUUAAUUGCCGAUUGGUCAAGUGGGUUAAUUCAAAAUAAUAUAGCACAUGUUCUAGUAUUAACUUCAGAUGUUGGAUCAAUUCAACAUUUAAAUAAUGCUUUACCAAAUCAAGUAUUUAAAGACAUAUCAUUAAGUGAUGCAUCAAUGAAAUCUUCCAAGCAAUACGUAUGUGAUGCUUUGAAGAUAUCAGAUACUAUACAAAAUCAAAGUUUAGAUGAUUGCAUACAACCAUUAGGUGGUAGAAUGUUAGAUUUACAAUCAUUUAUAAGAAGGAUUAAAUCUGGAGAAGAACCAAAUCAAGCUAUAAAUGAAAUGAUUACACAAGCUGCAGAAUUAAUAACUACAUUCUUUUUAAAUAAUACUAAAAGUAAUGAUGUUAAUUGGCAACCAUCACAAGUUUGGUUAAUUAUGAAAUUAUUAUCAAAUAAAGAAGAUGUUACAUUUGCCGAAUUGAUUAAAAAUCCAUUAUUUAAGAAUUCAAAAGAAACAAUAGAUACAUUAUCCACAUUGGAAAAAUUUGAUUUAAUUUCAUUAAAAAGAGAUAAAGGGGUACUUAACAAAAUUUGUCCAGGUAGACCAUUAUUCAAAGCUGCCUUUAAAAAUUUAUUACAUGAUACAAGAAUUUGGAAUCUAUAUGAAAUUGAUUACUUAACAAAUUUGAUAAAUAUUGAAAUUACAAAAAUUAAUCUAUUUGAAUCUGAAUUAAUUAAAAUUCAUCAAGUUGGUAAUAAAUUAGAUGGAAGAAUUGAUUAUUUAAUUAAAAAAAUUGAAGCUUCAAAUGGUAAAAUUGUAAACUUUGAAAAAGAAAUUAAUGAAAUUGCAACUGGGAAUUCAAAGCAUAAAACAUUUUUAGGAAUUCCUUAUUAA